UCAGCCGCGAAGUUACGAAAAUUCAACUCAAAAUAUUUGCAGGCGAAAUCGACGGAUAAUUUGUGAAAUGAGUCGAUCGGGGGCGGAAAUACGUGCGAGUGAAAUGCAGUCUAAGCUGAUACAGGACCGUAUCACCGCCACGGAGAAACACCUGGGACAGCUGUGUGACACCCUCUCCUCCUACACCAGGAAGUCAGCACAUGUCAGAGACAAAGGGGACCAAAUGGCUAAAGAUUUAGUGAAUUAUGCUGAGUAUGAAACAAUGAGCCUGACACUCAAGAAGGGAUUUACACAUUUUGCAGAGAACCUGUCCACUAUACAAGACUACAGAGAGGCACAGGUGAGUCGCCUGGAGAGCAAAGUGGUGGCACCCCUCAGUAACUACGGCCUCAUGUGUAAGCAGACAAAGAAUGAACUCAAGGCAGCAUUUUCUGCUCGGGACAAGGAACAGCAGCAGAGGAGGAAGCUGGACAAAGUGAAGCAGAAGAACCCUGGAGACCGCAGGCAGAUUACACAGGCAGAAACAAAUCUACAGAAGGCCAGUGUGGAUGCCUCACGGAGUUCAAAGGCCCUUGAACAACAGAUGGACACAUUUGAGACCAAGAAGGUGCAAGAUCUCAAGAAAAUGCUCUCCGAGUUUGUAAACAUUGAGAUGAUGUUCCACGCCAAGGCCCUCGAGAUGUACACCAAGUGUUUCCAGACUCUGGCCAUCAUAGACCCGGAGGAGGACCUCGAGGAAUUUAGAAAACAAACAAGGCCGUCAAGCGGUUCAUCAACUUCCCGCUACAGCCUAGCAAGGUCAGCAUCGGAUGCCUCACUCAACUCUAGUCGUGCUCCACCAUCCGUAGACGUGACCCCCACCAGCCAACGCCGUCUCCCCAACUCAGCCAAGUCUUCCCCUGCACACAACAAUACCAGACAGACCACCCCUACUUCACAGCAGGGGCCCAGAACAGUCACACAGGUGGUGCGCAAACCUAACAGUGUUGAUGAAUAUGAAGAUGAUGAUGAUGAUGAAGAUGAUGAAGACGACGACGAAGACGAUGAUGAUAGUUACGAAGAUGAGACAACAGAAGCCGACACAGCAAGAACUAGCGGCUCCAAGAGAAGAUAAUCACAGUGAAUACUCAUGACUCUCUACGGGUUGGACAUCAGUUGUCUACACUACAAUGUCCAAAACACCUAAGGGACUGGUCAUUUAUAAUAGGGAGGGGUGGGCCGGUGGGAUUAGGGGAGGAUGGGGGCAUUUAAAAAUGACAGUUCUAUUUGAACAUGAAAAAAUGUUGCAUAAAAUAGGGCAGGUGCUGGUCAGCAAAAUAUGAUACAGUCCUAAAACCAGUCCCACUGGGCCAACCUCCUAUAAAAAUGGCCGGCCCCUAAUUCCAAACAGUCCUGAUAUGCUUCGACAUGACUUCAUUUGGUUCUGUUUAAGCCAGUUAAAGUUAAUGUGACUUUCUAGUAGUAAUGGACUUCUGUGUCAAAUACUUACAGUAAUCAUUAAGGGAAUACACAGGUGGUCUGGUGGUUAUGACAGCACAUGUUCAUUCAUAAUGGGUUUGAAUCCAGAUGAUGCUUGAUGUGCUAGUACCAAACCCUUGUUUGUGGGUUUCACCAGCUGCAUUAACACUUCAAGCUUUUCUCUCACAUUAUUCAAGGUAAAAAAGGACUUUAUGAUUUAUAUUGCUUAGUAUUAUGAAGAUCAGUACAGACCGUAAGACUCGGUAAUCAGAUAUUACUUGAUUUAUUAUUAUAAAAAAUAAUUUUUAACAGAUUAGUCAAAAGUUGUUUGUACCUUUUUAUGCCAUGUAUACCAUAUGAUAUCACUUUUUGGUGCACAGCGAGAUGCACAUGCAUUCCCUUGCAUACGGAAUAAACAGGUUGAAUAACAAUAUCAAUGUCAUCCUCAUCUGGAAUCUGUGCAUGAUUUCCAGACUAUUAGACAUUAUGCAUGUGCAAGAGAUGUUAUAUUUUGUCUAUGUUGCACUGGAGUUGUUAGUGAAGGGGAGGUCAAUAUUUCUCUCACUUGGAUAAAGUCUUACCGUCCCAAUAAUGAAAGACUUGUCCCUUCAAGUCCCCCAGAUGUCCCCCGGAGAUUGUCAGAUCACACAUCCGUCCAUGCCCUCAUUGCCUGUGAUAUACUGGUCACACAUAAGUGCCAAUCUGUUAUGGUCUUGUAAAUAGCUCAUAUAUACCAGUACUCACCCAAAAGAAACGUGAACCAUAGAAGGUGAGGUGAAAUUGGGUUUAACAUCGCGUCCAAGAU